AUGUCGGACGUCGUGUGGCAAGUACUGUUGAUGUCUUUGUUCUUGUAUUCUGUGAGAGGGCAGGUCAGCUAUUCUAUUCCAGAGGAGAUGUCGAAGGGAUCCAUGGUUGGAAACAUAGCGCAGGAUUUAGGUUUAGAUUUGAAAAGACUGAAAGCAGGCAAAGCUCGUAUUUACAUCGAGGAUAGCACCCAGUAUAUCGAACUGAAUAAAGACAGAGGACUGCUGCUUAUCCGGGAGAGGAUAGAUAGAGAGGCUUUGUGUGGGAAGAAGACGCCAUGCGCUCUGCACUUUCAGAUUAUUCUGGAAAAUCCCAUGGAAUUGUACAGCAUUAAUGUCGAGAUCAUGGAUAUCAAUGAUAACCCUCCGAUGUUUGAAAAUAAUGAAAUGAAAUUUAAAAUAAGCGAAUCUGCUGUUGUCGGUGCCAAAUUUGUAUUGCAGAGAGCGAGUGACGCUGACGUUGGCGUAAAUGAUCUACAAAGCUAUUCAUUAAAUAGAAAUGAUCCUUUUGAGCUGAAGUUAAAAAGCCAGCCUGAUGGUAGGAUGUUCGUGGAAAUGUUUUUACAAAAGCCAUUGGAUCGUGAAAAGCAAGAUUCACUGUCCUUAACUUUAACUGCAGUGGAUGGAGGGGAUCCGCAGUUAUCAAGCGCUGCCCAGAUUCACGUCACUGUAUUAGACAUAAAUGACAAUGCGCCUGUUUUUACGCAGCCAACAUACAAGGCAAGCAUUGCCGAGAAUGCACCAAAAGGGACUGUUUUAACAACAGUCAGUGCUUCAGACGCCGACCAAGGCUCUAAUGGUGAUAUUAUGUAUACCAUCGCGAAGACUAAAGCUGAAACACGAGAUAUGUUUGAAAUCGAUGGGCGAAGUGGAGUGUUGAAGCUGAAAGGAGCUGUUGAUUAUGAGAAGGCACGGAAUUAUGAAAUAGAUGUGCAAGCUAGUGACGAAGGGGGCUUAACAGAUUCAUGUAAAGUACAAAUUGAAGUUCUAGAUACCAACGAUAACUCGCCUGUAAUCAAUGUAAUAUCGAUGUCAAAUGUUAUCGCCGAAGAUUCAAAGCCAGGAGUUGUAGUUGGAAUGUUUAAAGUGCAGGACCCAGAUUCAGGAGAUGAUGGCAGAGUUGAGUGCAUGACACAGGACAAUCUACCAUUUACUCUAAAAACAUCAGCAAAUGGGUUUUACAAUUUAGUUACAGAUGAUGAGUUAGACAGAGAGAGGAAUGCAGUGUAUAAUAUUACAGUGACAUGUAAUGACGCGGGAAUGCCGUCACUGUCCGGCAGUAUCAGUCUCUCUCUGCAGGUGUCAGACGUGAAUGAUAACGCUCCCAUGUUUGAGAAGAGCUCAUAUCAGGCUUCAAUUGUAGAAAACAACACUCCGGGAAUUUCAGUUUUUAGAAUAUUAGCUAAAGACGCAGAUUGGAACCAGAAUGCUCGUGUGUCUUAUAUUUUAGAGGACUCCACUGUUCAUGGAGUACCAGUAUCCUCGUAUGUAUCUGUUAAUGCAGAAAGUGGUGUCAUUAAUGCUUUGCGCUCUUUUGAUUAUGAGCAGAUGAAGUAUUUCCAAUUUCGUGUGAAAGCGCAGGACGGUGGAUCUCCUCCACUCAGUAGUAAUGUCAGUGUCGUAAUAAACAUUCAAGACCAAAACGAUAACGCACCGCAAGUUUUAUAUCCAGUGCAGACUAGUGGUUCAAUUGUAGCUGAGAUUGUGCCUCGUUCAGCAGAUAUAGGCUAUCUCGUCACUAAAGUUGUGGCUGUGGAUGUGGACUCUGGUCAGAAUGCCUGGCUCUCUUAUAAACUACAGAAAGCGACAGACAGGGCUCUGUUUGAAGUGGGCGCACAGAAUGGAGAAAUAAGAACCAUCAGACAGGUGACUGAUAAAGAUGCUGUGAAGCAAAAGCUCUCUGUUGUUGUGGAGGACAACGGACAGCCCUCUCGCUCUGCUACUGUGAAUGUCAAUGUGGCUUUAGCUGACAGCUUUCCAGAAGUGCUUUCUGAGUUCAGUGACUUUACGCACGACAAAGAGUACAACGACAAUCUGACUUUUUACUUAGUUUUGGCCCUGGCUGUUGUGUCAUUUCUGUUCAUCGUGUCAAUCAUAGCCAUACUGUCAGUGAAGUGCUACAGAUGGAGACGUGAGAGGAUGUUUUAUAAAUCAAAUGGACAGCUCCCGGUUAUUCCAUACUACCCGCCUCUUUACGCAGACGUGGGAGGCACGGGUACUCUACAGCACGUGUACAACUAUGAACAUUACAGAACAACAGACUCCAGGAAGAGUGAUAUGAAGUAUGCCAGACCUUGCGAUCAAAGCAUCCUCAGUCUGGAUAACACUGAUAUACAGACACUGCCGCAUGCGCACAGCGAGAAACUGAUUGACGAUUCCGGGGAUCAGGUGAGAAUUUGAGAUUAUUUGUUUUACUCAUCACACAGUGCUAAUAUGCCACUCACUACAUUUUGCAGUGUUGAACAACCAAAGGAUAAGUGUUUAAUUCGACUAUUCAUUGUUGAAUUAACACUUGAAAAAUGUACUCUGCACGUAUAGUUGCAUUUUACUUUCCAAACGAAGCCAGCAUCGCACGUGUCAAUGCUGUUGUGUCAGGUAACGUGUAUUGGUUGGGUGAGUCUGUCUAUGGAAACAGAUGUGAGUGCUUUCCAAAUCGCUGGCCGUGGUCCUGAAUGCGCACUAUCGGUAUCGGCACAACCUUUCUGGCACGCGAACGCAC